CGUCGAAGUCACUUGUUUAAUUUGUCACGAUCAGUUAAUUUAGUUUUGAGGUUAAAACGUGGUUUUGAAGUUUAUCAGAAAAAAAAGUUCGGUAGAUAGCAAAGGUCAAUAUCUCACGCUUGAUUAUUAACAAUCAGCUGUUGAUAUUGUUUAUUUACUCCAAAGUCGCGUGCUUAACACGACGCACAUAAAAGUUGUCUUGGUAACAAUAAAUUGAAAAAAUUAAAGACUGAAACCUGUUAAAAAGACUUUUAAGCAUGGCAAAUAACGUGUGCUUAGUACUGGAAGAUGGAACAAUCUUAUCGGGUCAAAAAUUCGGUGCUAAUAAAGAUGUCAGUGGUGAAGUGGUUUUUCAAACUGGUAUGGUUGGAUAUGUUGAGUCAAUGACUGAUCCUUCAUAUCAUGGACAAAUAUUAGUACUUACGUAUCCACUUAUUGGUAAUUAUGGUGUGCCAACUGAGGAAGAAUUUGAUGAAAAUGAUAUUAUAAAGAAUUUUGAGUCAAAUAAUAAAAUUUGGGUAUCUGGAUUGAUUGUUGGAGAACUUUGUGAUGUUCCAUCGCAUUGGCGUCUUAAAUAUAAACUUUCUGAAUGGAUGGAAAAGCAUAACAUUGCAGGUAUCAGUGGAAUUGAUACGAGAGCACUUACAAAGAAUAUUCGAGAAAAUGGAACCAUCUUGGGAAAAAUUGUUCAGCAACCUUCUGGUCCAUUUCUUGGUCUUUCAUUUAAUGAUCAAAAUGAGAGAAAUUUAGUUGCUGAAGUUUCGACGAAAAAAGUUGUCACAUACAAUCCCAAUGGAAGUCCAAAAAUUUGUGCUGUCGAUUGUGGAUUGAAAUUGAAUCAAAUUCGUUGCUUUAUAAAUCGUGGAGCUCGUGUUGAUGUCGUACCAUGGGAUUAUGAAUUGAAUCCUAAGAACUUUGAUGGAUUAUUCUUGAGUAACGGACCAGGUGAUCCUGCUACAUGCCAUAAAACCGUCAAGAACAUUCAGCAGGUACUUGUCUCUGAAAAUGAAAAACCAAUUUUCGGUAUUUGUUUGGGACAUCAAUUAUUAGCAACAGCAGUUGGCUGUAAAACUUACAAACUAAAGUAUGGUAACAGAGGACAUAACUUACCUGCACUUCAUCAUGGCUCAAAUAGAUGCUUUAUGACUUCACAAAAUCACGGAUUCGCAGUUGAUGUUACACUGAUUGAUCAAACGAAUUUUGAGCCACUUUUUACAAACUUGAAUGAUGAUUCAAAUGAAGGAAUUGUUCAUAAAGACAAACCAUACUUCAGUGUUCAAUUCCAUCCUGAACAUACUGCUGGUCCUGAAGAUCUUGAAUGCUUAUUUGAUAUCUUCUUGGAUGCGGUUAAAGACAACAUGAAAGGUGUCAGUGGAUUGUCUAUAAAAAAUAGGUUGCAGAAGAAAUUGAUUUACGUACCAAAAGUUCCAGUUGAUACAACACGUCCAAAAAAGGUGUUGAUUCUUGGAUCAGGUGGCUUGUCAAUCGGACAAGCAGGUGAAUUCGAUUACUCUGGUUCACAAGCUAUUAAGGCUAUGCAAGAAGAAAAAAUUCAAACCGUUUUAAUCAAUCCAAAUAUCGCUACUGUUCAAACAUCAAAAGGUCUAGCUGAUAAGGUCUAUUUCCUUCCACUUACUUCAUCUUACGUGGAACAAGUCAUAAAAGCUGAACGACCAUCAGGAAUUUUGCUUACAUUCGGUGGACAAACUGCUUUAAAUUGUGGCGUUGAAUUAGAAAAGAAUGGAGUUCUUAAGAAAUACAAUAUUAAUGUGCUCGGUACACAAAUAAGCUCAAUCGUUGAAACAGAAGACAGAAAAAUUUUUGCUGAACGAGUCAAUGAAAUUGGCGAAAAAGUUGCACCAUCAGCAGCAGUUUAUUCAGUUGAAGAAGCAAUUCGUGCUGCUGAAAAAAUUGGCUACCCUGUAAUGGCUCGAGCUGCAUUUUCUCUUGGAGGUCUUGGUUCAGGGUUUGCAUGUAAUCAAGAGGAAUUAAAAACACUUGCUACUCAAGCUUUAGCAUAUUCUAAUCAAUUGAUAAUUGAUAAGUCAUUGAAAGGAUGGAAAGAAGUUGAGUAUGAGGUUGUUCGUGAUGCUUAUGAUAACUGUAUUACUGUUUGUAAUAUGGAGAAUGUUGAUCCACUUGGAAUUCAUACAGGAGAAUCCAUUGUUGUUGCACCAUCACAAACUCUAUCAAAUCGUGAAUAUAACAUGUUACGUACAACAGCUAUUAAAGUUAUUCGUCAUUUUGGAAUCGUCGGUGAAUGUAACAUUCAGUAUGCAUUGAAUCCAAAUUCUGAAGAAUACUUCAUCAUUGAAGUAAAUGCAAGAUUGUCAAGAAGUUCUGCAUUAGCAAGUAAAGCUACAGGAUAUCCAUUAGCUUACGUUGCUGCUAAAUUAUCACUUGGUAUUCCAUUACCUGAGAUAAGAAAUUCGGUUACAGGACUCACUACUGCAUGCUUUGAACCUUCAUUAGAUUACUGUGUUGUAAAAAUUCCAAGAUGGGAUUUGGCAAAAUUCGUUCGAGUCAGCAAGAAUAUUGGCAGCUCUAUGAAGAGUGUUGGUGAAGUUAUGGCAAUUGGAAGAAAAUUCGAAGAAGCUUUUCAAAAAGCACUGCGUAUGGUUGAUGAUAGUGUUAAUGGAUUUGAUCCAAAUUUAAAGGCAGUCAGUGAAGAAGAGUUGAAAUCACCAACAGAUAAACGUAUGUUUGUACUGGCAGCUGCAUUAAAGGCAGGAUAUUCCGUCGAUAAAAUUUAUGAUUUAACAAAAAUUGACAAAUGGUUUUUGGAAAAGAUGAAGAACAUCAUUGACAUAACUAUGGAACUUGAGAAGUUAAAUGUUGAUCUACCAGAGAGCCUCCUUCGUCAUGCAAAGAAUUAUGGAUUUUCAGAUAAACAAAUCGCGAAAUAUAUCAAAGGAUCAGAAUUGGCAGUUCGUAAACAGCGACGUGAAAGCAACAUUGUGCCAUUUGUGAAACAAAUUGAUACAGUUGCUGGUGAAUGGCCUGCCUCAACAAAUUAUUUAUAUUUGACAUAUAACGCUACAACACAUGAUAUUGAGUUUAACGAACAAAUGAUGAUGGUAAUUGGAUCUGGUGUUUAUAGAAUUGGAAGUUCAGUUGAGUUUGACUGGUGUGCUGUUGGAUGCUUACGUGAAUUGAGAAAUAUUGGAAAAAGAACAAUCAUGGUCAAUUAUAAUCCUGAAACUGUAUCUACUGACUACGACAUGUGCGAUCGAUUGUAUUUUGAAGAAAUAUCAUUUGAAACUGUUAUGGAUAUUUAUUCGCUUGAAGAUCCUGAAGGAAUAAUUUUAAGUAUGGGUGGUCAGUUGCCUAAUAUUAUUGCUAUGGAUUUGCAUCGACAGCAUGCAAGAAUUUUGGGAACUUCACCAGAAUCUGUUGAUUCAGCUGAAAAUCGUUUCAAAUUCUCACGUUUGCUCGACAGAAAAGGAAUUUUACAGCCAAGAUGGAAGGAACUAACAAACUUGGAAUCAGCUAUUGAUUUCUGUGAAGAAGUUGGCUAUCCAUGCUUAGUUCGUCCAUCAUAUGUUCUAUCUGGAGCUGCAAUGAAUGUUGCAUAUUCGAAUACAGAUCUUGAAACUUAUCUUCAUGCUGCAUCUAUUGUCAGUAAAGAUCAUCCAGUUGUCAUUUCAAAAUUCAUAACAGAGGCUAAAGAAAUCGAUGUUGAUGCUGUUGCUGCUGAUGGAGAAAUCUUAUGUCUUGCUGUUUGUGAACAUGUAGAAAAUGCUGGAGUUCACAGUGGUGAUGCAACAUUAGUCACUCCACCUCAGGAUAUCAAUAAAGAAACUCUUGAAAAGAUCAAAGGAAUCGCUAAGGACAUUGCAAUGCUUCUUGAUAUAACUGGUCCAUUUAACAUGCAAUUGAUUGCCAAGAAUAAUGAACUGAAAGUUAUUGAAUGCAACGUUCGUGUUUCACGCUCAUUCCCAUUUGUUUCUAAAACAUUAAAUCAUGACUUUGUGGCAAUGGCAACACGUGUAAUUAUUGGUGAACCUGUUGAGCCUGUUGAUGUUCUCUUCGGUGAUAGUUCAAAAGUAGGCGUUAAAGUUCCACAAUUCAGUUUCUCGAGAUUAGCAGGAGCUGAAGUCACACUUGGUGUAGAAAUGUCAUCAACCGGAGAAGUCGCAUGCUUUGGAGACAACCGUUAUGAAGCUUAUUUGAAAGGAAUGAUGUCAACGGGUUUUCAAAUGCCUAAAAAGUCUAUUUUGAUUAGUAUUGGAAGUAUUCGACACAAAAAUGAAUUGCUGCAAUCAAUGCGUGAUCUGACUCGUAUGGGAUACAAGUUGUAUGCGUCAUUAGGAACAGCUGAUUUCUACACAGAACAUGGGAUUCAAGUUGAGGCUGUUCAAUGGACAUUUGAUAAUAUCGAUAGUGAAACCGAUAGUGAAUUACAUCAUUUAGCUGCAUUCUUAGCUGACAAAAAAAUUGACAUGGUUAUCAACCUUCCAAUGCGUGGUGGCGGUGCUCGAAGAGUUUCGUCAUUCAUGACUCAUGGAUAUCGAACACGUCGUUUGGCAGUUGACUAUUCUAUUCCUCUAGUUACUGACGUCAAAUGUACGAAAUUACUUGUCGAAGCAAUGCGAUUAUCUGGACGUGCACCACCGAUGAAAACUCACACUGAUUGCAUGACAAGUCGUACAAUGAUAAAAUUACCAGGAUUUAUUGACGUUCAUGUACAUUUGAGAGAACCUGGAGCAACUCACAAAGAAGAUUUUGCAUCCGGAACUGCAGCUGCAUUGGCUGGCGGAAUAACAUUAGUUUGUGCUAUGCCAAACACAAAUCCAGCAAUUGUCAAUCAACAAAACUUUACACUGUUUAAAGAUCUUGCCAAGAGUGGAGCACGUUGUGAUUAUGCAUUGUUUGUCGGUGCAUCAUCUGAUAAUUACAAUCAAAUCUUUGAACUGGCACCUGAAGCAGCAGCAUUGAAAAUGUAUUUAAAUGAGACAUUCACAACAUUAAAACUCAAUGACAUGACAGUUUGGGAAAAACACUUGUCUAAUUGGCCCAAAAAUGCUCCAUUGUGUGUACAUGCUGAAAAGCAAGCUACUGCUGCUAUUAUUCUUUUGGCGAAUUUAAUUGAUCGUCCAAUUCAUGUUUGUCACGUCGCAAGAAAAGAAGAAAUUUCUAUUAUUAAAACAGCAAAGGAACGUGGAAUGAAGGUUACAUGUGAAGUAUGUCCUCAUCACUUAUUCUUGUCUACAAAAGACUUGAAUCGUAUUGGCGGUGGUCGAGGAGAAGUUCGUCCAGUUUUAUGCUCACCUGAGGAUCAACAAGCUUUGUGGGAUAAUAUGGAUAUCAUUGAUUGCUUCGCAACUGAUCAUGCUCCACACACAACUGAAGAAAAAGAUUCCGAUAAGCCACCACCAGGAUUCCCAGGCUUAGAAACCAUAUUGCCGUUAUUAUUAACAGCCGUUAAUGAUGGACGUCUGACUAUGGAUGACUUGAUUAAAAAGUUCUAUAAAAAUCCACGUAAGAUUUUCAACUUGCCUGAACAGCAAAAUACAUAUGUUGAAGUGGACAUGGAUGAGGAAUGGACAAUUCCUAAUGAGUUAAAACAUUCUAAAGCUCGUUGGACACCAUUUGCUGGAAUGAAGGUUAAAGGAUGCGUUUCUCGAGUAGUUUUACGCGGUGAAGUUGCUUUCGUCGAUGGCGAAGUUCUUGCUGAACCUGGAUUUGGACAAAAUGUACGUCAAUGGAGUCGUAGAAUGCAAAUGGAUGAUAUGGAUAGAACAUCAACAGGAUCAAUUGAAAAAAUAAAUACAUCUCUCGAAAUGGAUGAAGAACUAAAUGUUAAAAUUCCAGAAUCGAAUAUGUUGAAGAUGCCCAACUUCUAUUCGGCAUUGUCACCACUUCCAAGAACACGUCUUGACUCAGCUGGAAGUCAAUUUUAUCGAGAGAAUUAUGCAGAACCUCAAGGUCGUGGUUUUUCGAAGAAUUUAGCUGGAAAGCAUAUUUUAAGUGUCGAAAUGUUUACAGAGAAGGAUCAAUUAAGAGACAUUUUUGACUUAGCCAAACAGUUUAAGGCUACAAUUCUAAAAAAAUCAGUACUGGACGAAGUUUUACGUGGAAAAGUUAUGGCCUCAUGUUUCUAUGAAGUAUCUACAAGAACAUGUUGUAGCUUUGCUGCUGCAAUGCAAAGACUUGGCGGAAGAGUCAUUUAUAUGGAUGAAACAAGCUCCUCAGUUAAGAAGGGAGAAUCAUUAGAAGAUUCAAUUUCUGUUAUGUCUGGUUAUUCUGAUGUUGUCGUUCUUCGUCAUCCAGAAGUUGGUGCAAUGGCACGUGCAGCUGAUGUCUCUCAAAAACCAGUAAUCAAUGCUGGUGAUGGAAUUGGAGAACAUCCAACUCAAGCAUUGCUUGACGUUUUCACAAUUCGUGAAGAAUUCGGUACCGUUAAAGGAUUGACAAUCACAAUGGUUGGUGACUUGAAACAUGGUCGUACAGUACACUCUCUUGCUCGAUUGUUGACAUUAUAUGAUGUUACCAUCAAUUAUGUGAGCCCAGCAUCAUUAGCAAUGCCAGAAAAAGUAAUCAAAUAUGUUGCUAAAAAAGGAAUAUCUCAGCAUUAUUAUAAUUCAAUUGAAGAAAUCCUCCCGGAAACAGACGUUCUAUACAUGACUCGAAUUCAAAAAGAGCGCUUUACUAGCGAGGAGGAAUACAAAAGCAUUUGCGGCUCAUAUGUAGUCACGCCAAAGUUGAUGGCACGUGCAAAAACAAAAAUGAUUGUCAUGCAUCCAUUACCUAGAAAUGAUGAAAUUGAUAAGGCUUUCGACAAUGACAAACGUGCUGCAUACUUUAGACAAGCUGAAUAUGGAAUGUAUGUCAGAAUGAGUAUUCUUGCCAUGGUUCUUGGAUUUGAAGGAUUUUACAGCAAAAUAAUUAAAAAGUAAUCAAGAUUUUUAAGAAAUCGAAUAUAUUUUGAUUUAAUCAUUUUUCUUGCAAUAUUUUAACUUUAAGAUUGAAUUUUUAUAACAACUUAAUUUUUUUAUACUUAACUUAUAAGAAAUAUAUUUCUUUAUUUUCCAUUCCUACCGAUUGAUUGAGACGAAAAGACUAAAAAGAUUGCCAUUUUCCAUAGAAUUGGAUACUUUACCUUAAAAGAAACUAUUGAGACAUUUUCCCAUUCCAGACUUCUUAUAUACAAUUUUAUACUAUUUGAUUUUUUUUUUGAACUUUUGAAUAUGAUUUAAAUUUGAAUUUAAGAAACAAUAAAACUUAUUUCAAAUUAAAACUUUUGUAGUUUUGUUUGUUAAAUUAUUAUAGCUUUAAAGUCGUUAAGUUGAAUAAAAUUUGUCAAAUGAAUUCUAUUAAAUGCGCAUAAUUCACUCAAAAAGUUCGAUGCUUAUCAAACUCACGCAGUUUUUCACGUUAUGCAACCUGAUUACGCUGCAAAACUCCAAUUAUAAUAACUUAAGCUAUGAAAAAUUAUUAGAGAAAAUAAAUUCAUAUAAUAGCUGUAAAGUAAAUCAAUUAAACUUACUUUAUCGCUAGUAAAAUUACUACUUAAUGACUUUAUAAUUUGCGCUUUAAUUUUUUUAUUUCAACGAGAUGUUAAUCACGUAAACGACAAUAAA